UCUUAUAUUGCCACAUGGUAACAUCUACUUGCUUGUCCCCUGUUACAAGGCAAGCUAUGAAGUUGAAAGACAAGAGAUAGAGCAGUGAAAGAAAAGAUGAAGAUUGCAAAGAGAGGGUGUUGUGUUGUGAUUACUAAGUAUAGGCUUAGGAGAUUUUCUUAUUAAGAUUAUGGUCUCAAACAGAAAAUCGAUGUUUUUAGAAAUUAUUAACGCAUGAAUCGUUGUCAUUACUUGUUGUCUUUACCUUGAAAAUCAUUAUUUUUGGGUUUAGCAUUUUUGGAGAGGGGUUUUGCCAACUUGUAUGGAAUUGGAACCUCCAACCUCUCCCCCAAUUCAAACUGGCAUCGUUUUGGAUCAUCCUCCACCACCACCACCACCGUUUUCUGUAUUUCACCACCGUUUUCUACCACCACCGUCCCGGGCAUUUCUUCCAUUUCCUCUGAACCCAUCAUUUUUCUUUGCAAUGGAUAGCCAGAGGUCUAUAUCUCUCCUUCAGUUCAUGGCUGAUGAAGGGCUUGUUCCAUCACCAGAAGAGGAAGAGAAAAGGAAAAACGCUAUUCAAAAGCUCAAACAGAUAGUCUCAUCAUGGAUCAAGAAGGUUGCAUGGCAGCAUCGACUACCGAAGCACCAGAUUGCUGUUACAUCUGCUACCAUAUUGACAUAUGGAUCUUAUGGCCUUGGAGUUCACAGCUCAGAGUCUGAUAUUGAUGCUUUAUGUGUUGCUCCUUUCUAUGCAUCCAUUGCAGAAGACUUUUUUGUUGUGUUGCAUCACAUGCUUAAGAGGAGACCUGAAGUAUCAGAGAUCCUUUGUGUCAAGAGCGCAAAAGUCCCUCUUAUCCGAUUUAAAUUUGAUGGGAUUUCCAUUGAUCUUCCAUACGCUCGGCUUAAAGUACUAUAUGUUCCUGAGAAUGUUGACAUACUAAAUCCAUUCUUCAUGAGGAAUAUUGACGACACUAGCUGGAAAAGCUUGUCUGGUGUACGAGCAAAUAAACGCAUUCUGCAACUAGUUCCAAAUGUUGAGAAUUUUCAAUCUGUGCUACGGUGUCUUAAAUUAUGGGCAAAAAGACGAGGAGUGUAUGGAACUUUACUUGGUUAUUUGGGAGGAGUUCAUUUGGCAGUUCUUGUAGCUUAUGUUUGUCAAAGACACCCUGAUGCCACCUUAAAUGGUCUAAUUGCGAACUUUUUUCGAACAUUUGCAUUUUGGCCUUGGCCUACACCAGUGAUGCUGCAGGAAGGAAUGUUACCAACAGUUGUAGAUGCUAUAGAAACACGAUCCUUCAUGCCUAUUCUGUUGCCAUCUAGCCCUUACGAGUAUUGUCAUUCAAAUAUAACUAAAAGCACAUUCUACAGGAUCAGAGCUGAGUUUCUACGGGGACAUAAUAUAACAAGGGAUCUUUCAAAACCAGAUUUCAUUUGGGAUAUUGUAUUCGAGCUUUUUCCAUACUCAAAAAGAUAUACACAAUUUGUCAAGAUUUACCUCUCUACUCCCGAUCAACGUGCGCUUGGAGACUGGGUUGGAUGGGUGAAGUCACGCUUCCGCGGUCUUCUUGGCAUUUUGGAGGGGGUUCAAGGUUUUUGUGACCCUAACCCUACAGAAUAUGUUGACACUAAUAAAACGGAGCCAAAUGUGGUUUUCUAUUGGGGCUUGCAACAUGACAAGUAUAACUUAGUGGACAUAGAUUUGGUUGAGGGAGAGUUCAUGAAGAUUAUCAACAAUGGCUAUGAAGGUUCUCUUGGAAAAAUGGAGUUGUCCAUCCUGUUAGCUUCUCAACUGCCUAAGAAUUCUCAAUUUGAUGAAAGGUCUGUUAAGGGUAGAAAAACAUGUUGGAGGAUAAUUGAUUAUGAUAAGAAAAGGAGCCAUGUCUACUCUAACCAUCUUCCACAUUGCCUUAUUGGCCAUGUGACACCUAGUAGCGAGGCUGAAUGCCUGAGUUCUGGUAGCUAGAUUGGGUUUUUAUUUAUCUUGAGCUUGAUGUAUGUAAUGUAGCCAUGUAUAAUCUUUUAUUUUUCCUUCUUUCUUGUAUUCUGGCUUCUUGGCUUAGUAGGAGCAUAGGUUACAUGACAUCUGUUGAAUGAGUAGUCUUUAGUCAUACAUAGCUAGAGGGGUCUAGGAAAUGUAAAGUGAAGUGAGAUAUUUUGCCAUUCAAGCUUUAGUGUUUGAUGAAUAAUGAUUCAUUCACACUUUCCUAUUCGUGUUUGAUAGAGGUUUUUCUUUCU